AUGGCAGCAUAUGGUGACGAGCCAGUCGAUAGCUAUUUCUAUUCACCUUACAACCCUUACACGGGCAGAUACCACAGGCCUAAAGACGCGGGGUGGAAAUAUAAAAGUUACCUCUCCCAUUAUGGAGACGCCUCGGAAGCCUGUGACGCCUUCAACAACCACCAGCGCGCCCAGCUGAAGUCCAUCUUAUCUCAAAUCAAUCCUAAACUCACCCCGAGGCUCAGGAAGGCGAACACCAAAGAUGUGGCGGUGCAGGUCAACCCGAAGAGAGACGCCUCAGUGCAGUGCUCCAUCGGCCCGCGGACCCUCCUGGCCAUGCAGCGAGAUAUGCGGCGUAAAGGGAGGCAGGUGCUUACGACGACGCCCGGCGACGGAGGAACACCCAAGGCGGCCGGCGGUGUACGUUAUCCCCGCACCCUGGCCGUGUACUCGCCCGUCGCCUACAGAAGCGUCACCUCGUUCCUGGUGGAAGAGGACAACAAUAAUAACGACAAGGUGGUCUCCUGUGGGGAGGAGAACACCGGAGAGCCGCCUGGUGACCCGCCGGAGUCUACUGCGGGGGAAGGCGACCCGGCAGGAGAGGAUAAUAAGACCGCAAAGCUCCAGGAACCGCGUAAAAAACCCAAAUCUAAACAGGUGACCGGUGAGGAUGCGCAGUUAACUACAGAGGGGUCUAAACGCAAGGCGCGCGUGCGGUUCCAGUUUCUGGAGCAGAAGUACGGCUAUUAUCACUGCAGAGCAUGCAACCUGCGAUGGGAGAGUGCUUAUGUGUGGUGUGUUCAGGGCACCAAUAAGGUUUACUUCAAACAGUUCUGUAGGAAAUGCCAAAAGGAAUUCAACCCAUACCGCGUCGAGGACAUCACAUGUCACACGUGCAACAAAGCUCGCUGUUCGUGUGCAAUAACACAACGCCACGUUGACCCCAAACGGCCCCACAGACAGGACUUGUGUGGCAGGUGCAAAGGCAAGCGGCUGUCCUGUGACAGCACUUUCAGCUUCAAAUACAUCAUCUAG